UUAUUACUCUCUCAUCUCAUAUAGCUAUAUUUCAUGCUUAUGGGAAUCUCUCAGUAUCCCUAGAUCCACCCGUCUCUCGCUUCUCUCGUCCUUCCCUUCCCCCCUUUGGCCUUGGAAGAAACCCUAGAGCGAGUAAUGUAGGGACUUGGGAGGGCUUUCUGCUUCACCAUCUGAAAUUCACCUCCUCUUCUUUGCUUUGGUGGAUCUCUCCAAGGAGGAAUGUAGAGACUUCAAAAAAUGCAAUCUCGUCCGCUGAAGAUGGUUCCAAUCUGGUACGAUUCAAUGCCGAAAAGGAUUCCGAGGAGGGUCUGGUUAGGGUUCCAAAAAUCUCUGGGCGUCCUCGUGGGUGGAAAUCACACCUCCUCCAGGUUUUGCACUCGCUAAUCUCUCACAUUCUACUUUUGUCUGGCUUGAUUUCGUAUUCUCUUCUAGAUCUACUAUUGUUUGCUUCCAACCUCGAUUUUAUCUUGCCGAGACCCACCUAUCGCUGAUCGAGAUAGUUUCUGGUCACUCUCCGGUAAUCCUUCUCCAAAGAUCUGGUUUCUUUAUGCAUUGUCUGUCAGAAAUUAAGGAGAAAGCAAUGGCUUUUGAGUAUUUGAAAUUGCAAUUCUUCCAUGGAUCCUUAGUUAGACGGGUGCUGCUUCGUGUUUUAUUUUUCGCAACGGUUAUAACUAUCUUACCGUUCCUGCACUUCUUUCACGAUGACGCGGAGCCACUUGGCCUCUUUGUUCCCAACUCCAAUGACUGUUCCCGUGAUAUUGCUGGUUCCACUUAUUUGUUUCCGGAACGGUUUCUGAAGCCUGUGUACCCUUUUAUAUUGCCGCCAUCGGCGUCGUGCAAAGAGAACGUAAAUUUCACAGUUGAUCUGUUUAGAGAGCUGAUUGGGAAGAAAUUGUUGAAAUAUGGUGCAAAAGCUCUCUGUGUUGGGGAAGGAUCAGAUUUGGCUGUUUCUGCUCUACGGGAAUUAGGGUUCCCAGAUGCUCUUGGUGUCGAAAGACACUUGUUUUUCUCUCUGAUGAGGAAAAGUUUUACUUACGAGCUGGAGUUCAAGGACAAUUCUUUCGAUUUUGUUUUUUCCAGAGCUCUCGAUAGGGUAUCUGUACCUGCUCUUCUCGUGCUCGAGAUUGAGCGUGUUUUAAGACCAGGUGGCGUUGGAUCUGUGCUUGUGGAUAUCACUAGUUCUAAUGCUGGUGGUCUGAUAAAAUCGGCUACCCCCAUUUCCUCCUUCCUGAAAAGUUCCAAUGUCAUCCAAGCGCGCAGAAUCAAUUACUUUACGCUGGUCGUAUUCAAGAAAAGAUUUGAGGGUGCCUGCUCUUUGAAAAACUACCAACUCCCUGAUGAAUGCCCUUCUGUUUCGAACAACAAGCCUUUCAUGGAAUGCUUAGAGCCUAUCGCUGAUGAAAAUGCAGGAGCUGAUAGAAAUAUUUCCUAUUUAUCGAGUUUCAUGGAUAUCUCUUCUAGGAACAAGUUAAUCUACAUUGAUGUAGGAGCAGGGGAAUCCAUAAAAUCCAGAAUUAUGAACGGCUCUCUAUCCUUCUAUCCCGCACAGUCUCGAGCCUUUAAUGUUUACAUUGUCGACCAUGAUAUAUCUGUCCUCUCUUCCUAUGUGAAGAAACCUGGUAUUACUUUUGUUUACCACCCAGGCUUGGCUGAGAAUAAGGUCACUGCUAAUCGUGUUAGAGAUUUGACCCCGUUGUCAGAUGAUGGAUUUGAUUUUCUUGUGUGGUUUAAAGACACUGUGACAGCUGAGGAUUUUGUGGUUCUAAGGAUGAAUGCGAGAGGGAUAGAGUUGAAGCUUCUCUUUGAAUUAUUUGAAAGCGGAGCCAUAUGCCUCGUUGAUGAACUUUUCCUUCAUUGCUCUGAGGGUGCUGAUGACCAAGGCUCUACCUCUACACACGGAGACUGCAACGGCCUCUUCGACGGCCUCAGAAGUAGUGGCUUGUUUGUUCAUCAAUGGUAAGCUACUAAGCUGGACUGGCUUCCCAUUACCAUUAUGAUUUGCAGUUACAAUCAACUAUGUUUACCUUCCUUAGUCCAACAUUGUCAUGUUGUAGUAUGGUGAUCUAUGUUAAAGGUCCUGUCAUUGUUCCGUUUGAAGUUGUUGACUCUUCUAUGCUUUUUUAUCGUUUGAACUACUAAAUAAAUUCCAUGGUAUGUAGGGAUAUAUUGUGUCUUAUUAUCUAUCAAAAAAAAGAUAUCUUGUGUCUUA